AUGACGGAGUCUACUGCUCUCGAUCCGAAAUUACGAAACCGAUUCACUAGAUACCUUCAUAAUGGUACUGAACAACCCAUAUAUUAUCCUGGAUGUUGGACAAGUCAUAAAUAUUUUGAAGCAGAUGGACUGCCUGUACUGAGUGAAAUAUUUCGAAUUCAGCCUAACAACACCGAGGUUGUGAAAAUAAUUGUCAAGGCUUAUGAAAAUGGUUGGUACACGCGUUAUGAAACUAUUGCAUUUGCUUUAGCCAAAUGUGUAAAAUUGGGUUCCAACCCAGUUAAGGAGGCAAGUUAUAAAGCAGCAGCUAUUGUAUGCAAAGCUCCUGAGGAGUUGAUGGCAUUCAAUAAAUUCACAAGAUUUCUGGAAACAGGUAAUGGACAAGGAUGGUGUAAUCAUUUGCGAUUGUGGUAUAACAGUAAAGAGCCCAUGGAGCUUGCUAAAGAAAUAACCAGAGUCAAAGCUAGGCAUGGCCGCUCACAUAAGAUUCUAUUGACAAAAAGCCACAUAAAAAUUGCAGGAGAUGAUUUUGCACGUGACGCCAUUGUAAAGUAUGCAAUAUUUGGCUUGAAACGAACGAAGCAGAUAGUGGGAGAGACGAGUAUGACGAAACCGAUAUUUGAUUAUAUCCAAAAGGUGGAAGACGUUCGUCAUUGCGAGGAUCCAGUCGCGGCCGCGGCUUUGAUUGAAGAGAAUCAGUUCACUUUGGAUCAUGUUCCAGGACACCUCUUGAUAUCACAAGAAGUAUGGAAUGCUAUAUUGCCUCAGUUCACUUUACAACAACUGCUCUUGAACAUACAGCGUAUUCAUAAUAUGGCAUUUCUGACAGAGGAUUCCACUACAACAGCUAUUUUAUGCUCCCUCCUUACCAACAAGGAUAAGAUUAAGGCAUCCAAGAUCACACCAAUUGAGGUGUAUAUCACCCUAUGCAACUACCAGAACAGUUCAAGGCCAUUAAAACACCAAAAAGCAAAAGUAGCACUAGAAAAGCUGGAGCGCCGUCGCCAACGCCAGGUGUUCAACCGGGAAAAGAAGAUUUGGGAGUGGAAUGUCACUCGGCGUCACCCGAAGGAGGCUAAGCAUUGGGGUAUAGACCAGUUGCCGAAUCAAGCUAUAAUAACAGCUUUGCAGAACUUGAUCAACGAGUCUUGGAAGCUAACUCCUCCAACCAAAGCUCGUUACUUGAUCACGCUUGACAUGCGAGACCAUAUGUUUAAAGGUCGUCACUUCUGUGAAAGGAGUAUAGCUUUGAAGAAACUAAAGAAGACAGAAAGCAAUGCUGUCAGUAAUGGAGGUGGGGGGGAUGCUGAUAACGCCCAAGCUUCUCAGCCUACUACUACUACACCUAGCAAGACUAAACCGAACGCUGAAUGCUUCUACAAUAAGAAUGUCAUUCCUGGAUAUGCUGCAAUAAUUGUGAUGCUGCAAUUGCUUAAACGUGAAAAACAAGUGAAGGUGGCAGUUUUCACGGAGCAAGGAGUGGACAUUAUAGACACUCGUAAAUGCACCAAUAUCGAAGGAACUGAACGCUAUCUGAGGAAAGCCAAACUUGGUCGCGUACAAAUGGACGCACCGAUCGAAUGGGCGAACAAAAUGAACGAGAAGUUCGACGUCUUUAUAAACAUGAUCGACCGACCGUCGCGGUACUUGGAGUUGGAUGUGAGCCUCAGGGGUGGGAGAGGCCCCGGUGGACGUUUCGGACCACCACCCGCGCAAGUUAAGGAAUUGGCGGACCAUUGCCCCGUGAGGGCCUUGGAGCGUUAUAGGGUGAAGGCUGAGAAACCGGAGGCAAAAUUGAUAGUGAUGUCGCUGGCUUCGCAUCGCGUUGGCACGUCUGACGGCAGCCACCAAGGAGUACUCGAUAUUGUUGGGAUAGACGAACACGUCCCCAAAGUUAUGGACGCGUUCGUACUCGGCCAAUUUCAAUAG